AUCUGGUUCGUUCUUCAAGACUCGCGCUGAGAUGGUCUAUCCAAACAAAACCCACAGCAUUAACUUCGGGCUUUCCAAACACCCGCACGUUACCACUUGCUUUCGCAGAGUUGCUUUGCGACAGCAUUCUAUCAAGCUGAAGCCCCACUUUCUUCGCCCCCAAGGUAGCGCAAGCGCGGCGCAAUCGGAUCACGACCUCCAUGAGACUUCUGAAUGCCAGGACAUAUGAGUUCCACGACGUGUUGGGUGCGAUCAAGCCGAAUUACGCGAUCUUGUCGCAUACAUGGGAAGAUGGGGAAGUGCUCUUUGAAGAUGUCCGGGACAAGUCUAGGGCCAGCUGGAGUGCAAAGAAAGGCUACUUCAAGAUCAAGAAAACAUGUGAACAAGCCUUGCAAGAUGGAUGCGACUUCGUUUGGAUAGACACAUGCAACAUCAACAAGGACAGCAGCACAGAGCUUUCGGAAGCGAUCAACUCCAUGUUUCGGUGGUACCGUGACGCCAUUAUCUGCUACGCAUACAUCUCCGAUAUCAAAGCUGGGGAUCGGGGCUCGUUGUCCGAAUGUCGCUGGCUCACUCGAGGGUGGACACUACAGGAGAUGAUCGCUCCAGAUCGCGUGCACUUUUACGAUAUGAACUGGGACUACCUGGGAAGUCGUAUUUCUCUCGCAGCGCAACUCUCGGAAAGUAGUGGGAUUCACGCAUCGGUAUUACUGCGAAGACAUCGUGGACAGAUGGGCUUCCAAAUACCGGCGGAGAAAGGUCAUUUGGUCAUGACGUUCACAGGUGAAAUUGAAGACACCUCAUAUUCCAGGAAGACGAUCACAGAGAGCGAAUGUCAAUGUUGCACAAGCGCCGAAAUAGACGAUGUGCGAUCGAUGCUCGACGGGUUCAGCGUGGCGCAAAAGAUGAAGUGGGCUUCCAAACGGAAGACGACGCGAGAAGAAGACAUCGCCUACUGUCUGAUGGGGCUAUUUGACGUGAACAUGCCCCUUUUGUACGGCGAAGGGAAGAAAGCUUUCUAUCGACUGCAAAAAGCUAUUCUUGGCAUAUCAUCAGAUCAUUCCAUUUUGGCUUUCCGGUCUGAUCUGUCCGAGGAUCUCGUUGCCGAACAGUCUCCCUUACUAGCACCACACCCUAAAUUCUUCCGCGAUGAGAUACUGAACAUGCACAUGCCGACUCGUGGUACGCACACAAGUCUAUCUGGGACCACACUAUCUAUCGAGAUGCUCAUAUGUCCGCUGGAGGGAAGCAGUGAAUAUGUGCUUCGGGAUGAUUACCUUGGCAUCUUGGACUGCUCGAUAGACGGAGAUCCUUCCAUGAGACCGGCUAUAUUGUUGUCAUCUGUACAUAGGAAGAAGUUGAUCUUCCGUCGGGGUUUUGAUGAAGUCACUCUUUUCCGGCUAGGGUCAAAGCAUCCCACAGAGGCUGUUCUGAUAAGCGACCGCCAGGUGAAACCCGAAGAACUAAUGUGGGUACCCGAGAGAUUACGAUACGAUCCACGUGACAUGAAGCGAGCUCGAAUCACCCUCGUCGGCGAGAAGACCACCAACCAAAAGCAGCGCCAUGCGAAAGCGCCCAUACGCGUCAACGUAUCUCCAAUCUUCCACGAACUAGGGUUUCAAGUCACGUCGUUACCGCCUCUAGUCGCCGGGCACCUCCCAGACGCCACAUCUCACAUCGGCAGUAUCGAAUUCUCCAGUACCCAGGCUGGACGGUUCUGCGUUGAUUGGAGUCAGGCCUCAGUCGCACAUUUCCAAUGUAGCAUCUCAGCAAACCUGCAACCAGGAGACUAUGGGAUGAUACAAGAACGGACAAUUCCCACCGUGAACCUAGAGUUCGAGUCUAGAGAUGCUUGCAUGACCACCCCGCUCGAGAAGCUGUGCGAGUCAGAAAACGUACUUCUCGGCGUUGUCGGGACGUCUCGUCUCAAGGCCUGGAUUUCGAUCUCCAGAGAGAUCUUCAUUGGAAGAAGUCGUUUUGAACUGGACAUUGAUGCAAAGCUCGUGACGCUGAAAAAUAACAGGGAGCCAAGCGCUCCUCAGACACGGCUCGGAAACAUGUUGGAAGAUCAAAUACCGUCACUCGCAGAGAUGGGUGAUGAGCCACUACGGCUACCGCAUCGCCAACGAGAUCGAAAGUCACCUACGAAAAGGGACAGGCAGCAGGCCAGUGUCAGGGCGUCGAAUGAUCAUGAUUGACGCCUCCCACAUGACUAUCGUUUUCCUGAGCGCGGUCUUCGGAGCGACACGUAGCUGCAAAAUUGAAGCAAGCUUAUCAUACAACGAAGCCCUUACACUCUGCUCAUGUGAUAUGUACUAUUGCGUGUCGCAUCAUCUACAUAAGCGC